UCGUCGAGAAAUGGCUACAGUAUAUGUGAAGUAUUUUUCCUUCUCAAAAAUCGACGAUAAAUAGUAGUCUUAUCGGGCGAAAGUUAUUCGCAAGUGAUACACUGACUGAUCGUGCGUAAGCGUAAGGUGUUAUUUAGCGUAUCCGCGUCGGGGCCAGUGCGUAAAAGCUGGCAGCGAAAAAGUUAGUUUUCCUCAGGCAGGGCGAGAAGCAAAAGCGAGGUUGCUACCAACACUCACACACAUACACACACACACGGAUACACCUUUCUCGGGGUGGCCUACGGUUCUUUUUCGGUGUGUCGACUUGCGGACGGAAAGAGAUAGAGUCGCGCUGGUUGGUAUACACGACGAGCUGGGUAAGCGCAAGCGAGAAAGAGAAGCCCGGGCGACGAUGGUGUGGUGCGCCGUUUGUGAAUGAUGUGCAGUGUGCGUGAUGGUGUGUGUGUGACGAUCGCCUUCUAGGCAGGUAGGGAAAAGAAGAGGAAGAAGCGGAAGAAGACGGGCGGUGCGGUCGGGUCAGCAGCAAUAAUAUCGGCAGUGACAGGAACAGUAGCAGCAGUGCCAGUGGGGCAAAAGCAACAGCACACGAGCAGUGGAGUAGUGGACGCAGGAGUAGAGGAGGCGAAGAAGCGGGAGCAAUUGAGGAAGGGCGGAGAACCCCGUCAAGGAAGACGCGGGAAGGCAAAAGAAAACGCGUAAAAAGAAGCCCGAAACAGCAGCGCAAAAUUUGCUCCGAACUCCUCCCGGUGUGUGUGUGCUCGGAGAAGAAGACGUGUGCGUGCGUGCGUGUUUGUGUGUAUGUGUGCGGUUGGUAGACGGUCGACGUCGUCGUACAAAAUUCUAGCGACACACCAGUUACUCCUAACGCGCCGUGUGCGCCAUUAAAGCCACACUAGCUACACUUCCGCCCGUUUUUCGGUUCCGCCGUGCACGAGUGUGUGUGGAGGACAAGUGCGGUGGCCUGGAAGCACAGCAACCACGAAGGGACAACAACGCUGAUUGCAUUUGCUGAGGCAACAUCAUCAAUAUUCCGGAACCGUACAGUUCUUCGUUCAGCUUCAUUCCUUCGUCCAGGAAGGCCUGCAAAACUGCGCAAACUUUGCACACACACUCACACACACACGGCCAAGUUUCUGCUCAACACAACUGGAUGUGGAUGUGUAUGUGUGAGUUGCAUGAUCCGCGUACCCAGGAGGAGAGAUAUUGGCAAAAAAUAAAAUAAAUCAUCAGUCUCGAACUUCCAAAUCUACACUAGUGCGCUGUGAUUAAUCCCCGUCCCCUUCUAGAAGAGCGAAACUGCAAACACACGCACACUACCAGCGCCAGAGAGCAACACACGGACGGACCGGGUAUACACAGCUAUACGGUGGCGCUCGUUCGCAGCACGGCUUCUCAGCUGUCAGGCCAAAGGGGUUGCAUAAUUGCAGCGCGAUUUAUUCGACGCGCAAAGAAAUUGUGAUCGUUGCGCCGAGCAGCAGUGGUUCGCGUAGUUGCUGCGGGGACGGUACAGAACGGUUUGCAGACUAGUGGUCCCACAGACGGUGCGCGUACACUUUUCGCAGUGCAAGCGUCGUUUUGCGCCAGUUCUGUUGUCUGUAGUGUCGGUUUGUCCGAACACCGGAAACACGAAACGGAGAAAAGAAACUUACAACAUAAAAAGAAACUGCUUGCACCACACCCGCGUUCACCGUGCAGUGAUUUAAAUCGUGAUCGUGAUAGUGAACCUUCCGCGCAACCAUUUACCUAGUCUUGUGUUUAGUGUAUCUGUGUGCUAAGUGAGCGUGAACGCACGGUAUUGUGACUUUGAGCAGAGCAGAAAAACAAAAUUCGAACGCACAAAAUUUGGCGACAGACGAUCCCUCCUCCAAACCGAAUACCGAUCACUCCCUUGGAUGCACUUUCGUUGAAGGAAAGAAGCCAUUCUAGAAGGUAGUAGUUAACAUUCGCGAAUUGCUAAACAAAACAAACACAUUCUCCCAGACAAACACAAAUCACAAGUGCGUUUAACCGAAGACAAAUAAUGCAAAGCGUGCAAAGUGCGGCUUGAUGAAUGAACUACUUUGAACUUUGAACAAACACACUAAAAAACACACACACACACACACACAAAUCAACAACCAAAUCAUCGAUCCUACCUAAAUGCAAGUUUUAAACUACACUCACUCGUACAACAAAACUCAGAACCAAAAUUAAUGGGGAUAAAGUAAGAAAUUUAUCGCGAAAAAAGUAACACCAAAAGCACAUCAAACGCGGUCCCUUUCGGAAGAUAAAGGACAGAUCGUAUCCGAGUGAAAUUGAAACUAAGAUCGAAUAAUACAAAACUAUUAGCAGUUACAGUAGCGUGCAGGAGAGGGACAGAGUAAGGAGAAGUAGGACGUUACCGCACAGCAAUCCUUUCCAUUCUUCGUGAUCGUGACAAUAUAUCUUGGUAGUGCUUAAAAUCGAAUAAUUCUAAUGCGCGAACGCGUGGUACGGCAACGCGCUGAAGUGUGUAUGUGUCAUUCGUAGAGAGAAUAAACCACCGACUAGAGAAUAACGGAGACGAUCCUGGAAUAUCAAAGCAAACCCGUAGUAGAGGACCAGAGCGGCAUCAACGACGACGUGCAACUGGCGAGAUCGCUCCUUCACCAGCAAAGAACGAAUAUUGUUUGCGUGUGCGUGUGUGUAUCGGUCUCGAAGACGACGUAAGGUGUGUGCGCAAGGCAAAGCAGCGCAACCUGAACGGCGGGACCCUAAUUUAGUUCGACCAGCACAAAUUUAUAUCGCCAUCAGCAGUGAACACCGAAAUCAUCAUAAUCACCCGUCUUUUUGAAAGAUAUUCUUUGAAACCCCUCUGCCAUUGAGUUCAACUUUAAACACGAAUAAAACCAUAAACCUACAAAACUUUAAGAAUCUGACGAAGCAGCACAGCAGCGCAUACAAACACACUACUUUAGCAUAUAGGAUUGAAAGUGAUACUUUAAGCAAUCCCUUCUCGUUAAGCACACUCGUGUGUGGCUGUACUCUCGGCAGGAUAACAAGCGAAAACUUCAAACCAGCCUGCCAAGCACUAGGAUUAGCUCCCACGGGCCACGGCACAGAUCAUACAAAGGUUGCAACCGCACACAUACGUAGAGAAAGUCAACCAAAAACUCCAAUAGAUUAACGAUUCCUAGCAGUAUUGCCAAGAUUCUUGUCGGUUGUUUGUUGAAGCACGUGCGUGUGGUAAAAAACAAAAAAAAAACAAACGCUUAGCAGACUGUAGCGCACUGCAAUUGAUCUUAUAUUACUACUAGUACACUACCGCUACUAUAUUACUAUUACUUCUACUACCUUACUACUACAACCAACCACCAGCAGCAGCAUAUAGUCGAAAGUAGCAAAACAAUUGUUGCUGUGUGUUGCCAUUACUCAACACUACUUCACCAACAAGUCUGAAUACGCUUUUAUGAAUUUACUUAAAAAAAAAAGGGAAAACAAAUUAUUGCUCGAUGCCACAAAACAAACUCAACCAGUAGCACCAACCUGAGACACUAAUAUUACUACUACAACUACCAUCGUGUUGAAUGUGAUUAAAAGGAUGCUAAUUUAGCAGUCAAGUCAGAGCGGUGAGAGAAAGAUUACAGUUACAAACGCUACAAGCAGCAAACAAAAAACGGGAAAAAGAAGGAACGUGAAAUAAGAACUACAACGUCAGCUGGACUGCUACCAAACUACUAAUAUCCAUUACUACCCCACAAUCGAUCUAUGAGUCUGAAAUCACACACAAUCAGGGAUUGUUGCAUCGACAUCAUCCUCUCUUAAAGUAGCUAAUUUGUCUUGAUCGACGUGCAGGCAGAGUAACAGAAAGAAGAGGAACGACAGGUGGAUCGAGGAUCGGUCCGGCCAAUCUUCCAAGCUCGUAUCGAAAUCAUUGUUGCUCAUCUCUCCAACGCCAAACAUCCAGUGGUGGUGCGUCUUCUGACCGGUGUUGCAGAACCAUAACGUUAGUAGAAAUCAAUACAAACAAACGAGCCAACGAGGCAGAGAGACAGGCCGAGCGAAAGAGAGAGAGAGAGAGGAGAAUCGCAAAAGUGAUACUAAAUUCCUUUAUUAUGUGCCAGUGUUCCUUAGCGGACGCACAAAACUACGUGAAACCAGCCACUAGACUAAAACCGUACAAGCAGUUAGUCGCAUCUCUCGGUUGUUGUAUCAGCGUGUCGAAGGACGGCACGAUCAACGACACCGUUCUUUGUGGUAUUUAAAAUUGUUCCAAGAAGAAGAUUCAUCAUAUACGGAGCGGACAGGACAACCAACUCCCCUCCCUCCAAUCCCCUCCAAAAUCAUCACAAGCCAUCCUCUGCGUUGGGGAUACAAUAGAGAAGAAGGAGUAUCAUUACUAGCGGCAUAGAUCGGCCCAGUAAAGUUAGCAGCAGCUGUUAGCACUGGGUGUGUUAGUAUCAGUUGGAGGUUAAUCAUCAUCGUCAUCAUCAACGUAUCAGCAGCAGCAGCAAAAGCAUCCCGUGUUCAAGAUGAUGGUUGUCGGCCAGAAGGGCGAAGAGGAAAUGCAGAAUAACGAAAAUGACACUGUGAAUAUGAAAUGUGAUUUAUCUCAUUACCUGAUAGCUAUAAAGAAAACUAAACUUAGCGUAAUUACUGAAGCGGAUGAUAGCAAGCUAGAGAAGAUGGCGAUGCCAGAGCUGCAAGUGCAGCAGUUCGGUGCGGAUGAGGAUGACCAAAUUGUAGCCAUUAAGAAUUCAAAUUGCGAACCACCAUUGAAACUAAAGGAUAAUAAUAGUGAUGUAGCGGGACGGGCGAAGCAGUGGUCGGCGGAAGAGGAGCAAUGUCAGGAAAAGCAGCAAACCCAACAGAGACUAUCAGGCAGCAAAUUCGUUCGGUUCGAAGAACUCGUUCGUUUGACGCAGCUGGAAGCGACCAUCCGUCAGCAAGCGCCGCACCAUCUCCGGAUGAGGUUGUGUGGUGGGGGCGAAGACUCUAUCAAUAACGGUACAAGUGCCUGGGGUCAGCCCACCGCUACGAACAACCCGGCCGGUAGCACCUGGGGUCCCAUUGGAGGAGGCGGUGGAUCUGCACAGCAAUCCGGCGCUUCCGUUGGCCCAUCUGGCUCAUCGCAGCAACCGGGUGCCGGUGGAGCCGGUGCCGGUCCAUGGGGAGCAGGCUCACAGCAAAACGGAGGUCCCGGAGGACAAAAUUCAAAGGGCAAUGCAUCAUCAGUCAAUCCGAAUAAUGUAGGAGCCUCGGGAGUUACUGCCGACGGCAGUGGCAACAGUGCCGGCAGUGGUGGAGGAGCCGCCGGUCCUUGGAACGGAGCUGGAGGAAACGCACAAGGUGCUGCUGGUGGGGCGCAAGGUGGUGCUGGACCGGCAGGAAGUGGAAACAAUGCCACCGGUGCUUCACAGCAGGAUCAGCAAGGAGCGAUAGGUGGUGGCGGCGUCUCUCAACAGCAGCAAGCCGUGGCAGCGGCGGCAACAGCACAACAAGCCGGACAAGCGGGACAACAGGAUGCGGCAGGCGCAGCGGCAGCAUCAGCUGCUGGCGCAGCAGGAGCAGCGGCGGCUGUGGUCCAGUCGAGCGCUGCCAAAAACCAGCUAGAGCAUCUGAACUCGUUGCGCGAGUCACUAUUCGCCCAGGACGGCUGGGGCUCGGAGAACGUUGAUCAGGACACGCAGUGGGACGUGCCAGCAUCGCCGGAACCCAGCGGCAAAACUGACCCGAACAGCGCCACCAGUGGGCCGACGGCCGGUAUUCCGAUGUGGAAGACGAACACGGGCACAGAGCUUUGGGAGGCGAAUCUGCGUAACGGUGGCCAACUGCCUCAGCAGCAACCGCCAGUCCAGAAGACCCCGUGGGGCCCAGCAAACAACUACGGUGGCACCUGGGGCGAGGAUGAUGAGGCAAACGAGCCGGGAAGUGUCUGGAACGGAGCGAUGGGUGGUGCAGGCGUCGCUGGCGGUCCAGGUGGACCGGGCGGCGUGGGACUGCGCGAUCAGCCACCGGGCCCGCAGCAAUCACAGCAGCUGGCCGGACAGCAGCAAGGCCAGCAACCGCCGUGGAACACGGCCGCCGGAAUGGCUGGCAGUGGAGCUGGCGGUGGCGGUGGCAUGUGGCCGGGAGCGGCAGCAGGGGCUCCGGGAGGUGUUGGGGCUAUGGCACCAAACGUUCCCGCCGGUCUCAAGAAGGACAACGAGUGGGGCGCAGGCAUUGGCGCCGGUGCUCCGGCUGGCGGAAGCGGCGCAUGGGGAGCAGGUGGUGGUGGUGGUGGCGGUGCGGCCGACGGUCGCGUGGCCGGCAAUCCGGCAGCAGCCGGAGGCCUCGAUCCCACUGGGCUCGAUAUGCGCAACAUACGCAUUGCCAGCGCGAUGGAUAGCAACCGUGAGAUCCGUGGCGAUCCGCGCGGCAUUUCUGGCCGGCUGAACGGCAACGUUGGCCUCUGGGAUCAGCAUCAGAUGUCGAGCAUGCAGCAGAAGAUACCACCGACGGCCACCACUCCCGGAACGCCUACAGGAGGCGUGGGAGCGCAAGGCGGCGGCGGUCAGUGGCCCUCGAACAACCCGCUGGGCGCGGUUAACAAUGGCGUUGCGGGUGGGGGCGGUGCAGGUGCUAAGCUGGGAGGCGGAUCCGGCUGGGACGAUCCAACGGCAGGCGGUGGCCCACCGGUGGUUGGUGGUGUGCGUCGCAACAACAUGGACGAUGGCACCGCCCUGUGGGGCCAGAAUGCGCUGAACCGGCAAAACUCCGGCAAUGUAUCCGGCUGGAAGGACAACAGUGGUGGCGGGUUGGGUCCACCCGGCACUGACGGUGGUAUGGGCCGGAACUUGAUGCACCGCAAUGCGAUGGUCGGCGGAGGUGGCAACAUGCCCGGCAACGGGGGACUGGUAGGACGCGGUGUCGGUGGUCCCGGCGGUCCGAUGAAACCGGACAGCCUGUGGGGACAGAAUCCGGCGGCCGCACUCGGUGCCGGACCGCGCGGCGGUGCAGGCAACUGGGGCGGAGACGACGUGCCGUCCGCAGCGGGCGGUGGCAACUGGGGAGACGACAAACCGCCGGGCGGUGGUGGCAUGGGCGGCAACUCGCUGUGGAACGACGGUGCCAACAACAACUGGAACAACAAGGCCAAAAUGUCCGCGGGCGGCGGUGGCGGUUGGAACGAUGGCGCUCCGGGCGGCGGCCCGGGUGGCAUGGACAUGGGCAACUCGGACUGGUCAAUGCCGCCACAAAGCAAGCUGCCACCGAAUGGCAAUAAGAUGAAUGCGCUCGAGAUCAUUCGCUGUAGCAAGCAGUACCGGCACCUGUGCGACUUGGGCUUCAAAAAGGAGGACGUGGAGAGUGUCCUGCGCAUGACGAACAUGAACAUGGAGGAGUCGUUGGAUCUGUUGCAUCGCAGCAGUGGCGGCGGUGGCUCCGAUUGGUCCCGUCGCCCAGACGGGCAUGGUGGAUUCGGAGCGGGCGACCAGUUUGUUGGCGGCGGUGGCGUUAGCGGACGCUUUGCUGCAGCGGCGGCCGGCGUUGGUCCGAUGGCAUUCCAGCAGAACAAUCAGAACAAUCUGGGCGGUGGAGUUUUCGGAGGCGGAAAUGGUCCCGCGGCCGGUGGCGGCUCGUUUAACAACAUGAAGUUUGGCGGUGGCCACGGCGGCGCAGGUGGCAACGGUGGCGGACCGGUGGGAGGCGGUGGUCCGCCGGGAGGAGGAGCCGGUGUGUUUGGAGGGCAGCAUCAGCAACAGCAGCCGGGUGGGCUCGGAGGCGCUGGCGGCUUGAAUCAGCCGAACGCCCAAUCGCAGCAAAUCUCGAACCAGCAGUUGCGGCUGCUAGUGCAACAAAUACAGCUGGCCGUCCAGAACGGGUACCUGGAGAACCAGAUUCUCAACCAACCCUUGGCUCCGCAGACGCUGAUGCUUCUACACCAAUUGCUAACUCACAUUAAGCAAUUGAAUGUAAUGCAAAGCAAUCUGAGCCGUACCGGUGGUGGUGGCGUGAAUGCCGUACAAAUGUCCAUCGCAAUCAACAAGCUCAAGUCGCAGAUAGCUAACCUGCAGAGCCAGAUCAACAUGCAGCAGGCGAACUAUCUGAAACAGCAGCAGCAACAGCAGCAACAGCAGCAGCAACAGCAGCAUCAGCACCAGCAGCAACCGCCCCAUCCGGGCAGCCUGAACGCAGCGAACGUGAAUGUAUCGGCGAUGGCAGCUGCUGGCGGCAACCCGGGCAACGAUCUCUUCCGUACGCCGUCCGAUCUAGCCGGCCUGCCGGGCAGCUUCGCCGACAUGGCACUGAAGGAGAGCGGCGGCGUCCCGUUCCCAUCUAGCGGCAGCACUAGUCAACAAUCGCGGCUGCAGCAGUGGAAACUGCCGGCAAACAGUGCCACGACACCGAGCAGUCUCGACAAGGAUGGUUCGGAUCUGACCGAUUUCGUACGUGCGCCUGGUGCCAGCUCCAAGUCUGGUCCGUCCGGAUCGGGCAUUGACGAUGGUACUUGGUCGAAUGGGCGUAGCAAUCUCGGCGACGGUUGGCCGGACUCGGGCUCACAGGACAACAAGGAUUGGCCGGGAGGCAACGAUGCCUUCAGCGAUCUUGUUCCCGAAUUCGAACCGGGAAAACCGUGGAAGGGUACGCAAGCCACACGAAUCGAGGACGACCCAACAAUCACACCGGGCAGUGUUGCUCGCAAUCCACUAUCGAUCGCUGCUGCCAAGGAGUCGAAUUUGUUCGGCGGCAGUGCAGCCAGCGCUGCAAGCAACAGCAAAUCAUCACCCACCGAAUCGACCUGGAGCUUUAACCCGUCCGGCGGUGCCGGUGGUGGCCUCCAGGGCGGCAACUACGGUGGCAAGGUGCAGAAAAAUCCUUGGCAAGAUGCAAACACACCGACAAUGCCGCCAGCCGACCUCUGGGACACACCGCUCAGUGGAGCCAACGGUGGCAAGGGCCGCGGCGUAGGUAUGAUGGGUGGCAUCGGUAAGCCGGGCGGCGGCAGCAAGCUGGAUACAAACGGCUGGAACACGCCGAGCACUCAGGCCGGUGGAGGCAGCACGUGGAACAGUGGUGCGUCUGCAGCCAACACUUGGUCGUCGACAUGGAUUAUGCUUAGAAAUCUAACCGCCCAAAUUGAGGGUUCCACUCUGCGUACGCUGUGCUUGCAGCACGGUCCGGUGGUAAACUUCCAUCUCUACUUGAACCAGGGCAUCGCGCUGUGCAAGUAUGGCACACGCGAGGAAGCGCAGAAGGCACAGUUGGCACUGAACAACUGUCAGCUGGGCAACACGACGAUCAUAGCCGAAAUACCCAACGAAAGUGAAAUACAAUACAUCCUGCCGCAUCAUGUAGGCAACAGCAACGGUAUGACGAACGGACUGACCAGCGGCGGUGGACAGAACUGGCGCCUCAGUGCUGCUGCUCAAUCGCAGCCAAUGGUUGGCCGGUCCAAUUCGGUCGUUCAGGAUGCUUGGAGCUCGAAUGCUUGGGGCUCGGGCAGCAACACUGGCUCCAGCCUAUGGAACACGCUCGAUGGUGGUCCGGGUGAUCGAGGCACGCCGGCCAAUCUGCAUUCGUUGCUUCCGGAAAGCUUGCUCGGAACAGAACUGAACUGAUGAUUGCGAAACACCACCAACGUCACCGAACGGAACUAACAGUAAGCCUGUGAACGCGCCCAAGAGCGCGUAGAUUCGAAAUCCAUCACUGCUGUUCCACCUCUACCGAGUAACAGGGCGACGAGAAGUUUUAACUGCAUAAGCUAUAGGUGAUAUAAUACGAUGAUUCGCGGUAUUAGAGCUCAGCUCUCCCCCCCAUCAUCGUGUUGGCGUUUCCAGAUGCACCGAAGGCCGAUGACACAUCCCAAAAAAAGUAAUAAAAUUCUCUUAGGAUAGUUAAGAAUAGAACUAGUUUUAAAGAAGCUGCUGUUGUAGGAACGCAUAGCUGUGGAGGUCAACACACAUUCUUAAAACCCAACACACAAUAUACUAUGCGAACUCAUCUACGAUGGUAGCUGAAGAAUGUAGCUAAAGAGCGCAGGCCUGCGAGACUAACGCUGGAGAAAGGGAGGGAGAAACGAACGGACGGGAGUACACAGGAGUAAAACAAAAAGCAAAAAAAAAAGAAACCUAAAAAGUGUCUUUUGAAAGUCAGCGGUUUCGCGUCUGGCGUAGUAUUAAGGUGUUGUGAAUGUUUUUAUCAUUUUUUUAAACAAUGUAAUCUUAUACAAUUUAAAUAAUAUAUUAUAUAUAUUUGAGAAGCAGAUGGCAUGAUGAUGGAAUAAUUAAUUGAAUAGAAAGCAAACACAAAAACAAAAAACAAGACAGACGUUGUUUUGAGUAAGCACGAAAAGUAAUAAUAAUAAUAAUAAUACGGGAAAGUCUUAUGUAGAAACAAAAGCAAAAGUAGUACCACACAACAAAUGAGAAGUGGGUGUGUGCGUGUGUUUAAUCUAAAGAAUGCUAAAUCUACGUAGGAUCCAAACAACUCGGGCCCGCAGCAUACAUUUCAAGUCAAAGAGAAAACUCUAGUUCUAGAUUCAAAAACAAAAAGUUGUUUGAAGAAAACUUGUUUUGUUGAUUCGUUUAUUUUUUUUAAACUAAAACCAACCUACAAACUCUUCCCCACCCUUUUCUCCUAAUGAGAAAAAAAAAAUCCUUCCGCACCUUAUCGGCGUGAGAGAAAGCGCUUAAUCAACGAUGACGAAUUAGUUGUACAAGAAGGCGAUACAAACCCAGGAGUGUUUGGUAGUGGAAUCAGGGAGGCGGAGGGUAUAGGUAAAUGAAGCGCGUGUGAGCGUGUUUAGUGAGAAGUUGACCAAAAUUUGCUUCUCCCACAAAGGCGGUGAAAAGUAAUAAGAAAUUAACGAAAGUGUGCUACAAAUGAAAUCGAAAGCUAAUAAUGUUAUUAUGCGAUAAGUUAUUGAGUACUCGAUUUAUAUACAGAGGUAGAUAUUUAGCAUUUUUGUCCUAAGUGAUUUUUCUCGUUUUGUUUUUAACGUAAAUUAUCUCCAUCCACUUUCUUCCCCUUAUGUGGAGUCCCUUCCCUUUAUGUUUACCAACCCCCACCGCCCACCGCCCACCCUGGGGAUGCGCAUGGUGGUGGUGGUAGUGGUUGACGAUCUGUUUUCAAAAAGUAUAUGAUGAAGGAGGGGAAGCCUCGUAUAAAAAAAAAAAAAAAACGGAACAAUGGAGGGCACUAAAAGAAGAAUGAAGGAACGGGGGAGAAGAGAAUGUGAACGAGCUGUGGAAUACAAAAUACAUAAUACAUAUAUAUACAUAUACACAAAAUAUGGAUAUAUCAAAAGAAACAACAACAAAAAACAUUUCCUUUUUAUGACGCUUGUAGAAUUGGCUGUUUUGUGAAGGAGACAGACAUUACAUACACUCAGCCAAACAAAGCAAAUUAAUAGAGGUAGUAAUUAAGCUAAGUAAACAAUACUGACCCCGACCCGGUGUGCGGUCGUAAAUCACAUACCUAGUGUGCGUAAGGAAAUAGUGCGUAAGAAUGUACCGUAAUGCGUAAGACAAAAACCAAAAGAUAAAAAAGAUAGAAAAAAACGCAAAACAAAAAACAGGAAAAUGAUAAAAUCAAAAAAACACAAAAAAAACGCAACAUAACUUUACAAACUAAGUCACACAAAAGAAGAAACACGAGGCAGUGUUUGAUGGAUGAGAUGUUUCAGCAGGGGAAAAGAUUAUUUGUACCAUUUUGUUUUGUUUUUUACCUUAAGCACGCUAUUUCGUGCCGCUCUCCAGUCGUAGAGAAUUAUUAGCGUACGUUACACGUACGCGUCGUAUCGUUGCCGUGUGUUCGUUAUUCUAUCCGUGCCGCGUCGUCGUCCUACUUACCCCCUUUUCUUUUGUCGCAUAUACGCGCGCAGUCUACAGGGGAGAAAGGCUCGAGGGCAGCCCUUCUGCCCCCAGCGUUUAUGUAAGAAGGUCCCUUGCGGCCACCAACCAAAUGACAGCUAAAGCCAGUAGCUAAUCCAGCUGAUGAUCCGCAUUCGUGCUUUCCAUAGACUUAAUAAUGCUAAUGCCGCCAGCAGCAUCUCGUACCUCGUCGUCCAAGGUUCUCUAUAUUGUUUUGUUUUAAUGUUUAUUGUUUUGUUCGGUUUUAGUUUUGACUUUUUGCGUUUCUGAAAUAACAAUGUGAGAUUAAAAAGACCUACUGAGAGAGCGAAUGGAAUUACUAAUUAAAAAAUAAUAACCUAGGAAUUAGGAAGGAGAGAGACAGCUCUGUGUGAAUGGAUUGUUGUGUGUGUGCGUGUGUGCGAAUGAAAUCUAAAAGACGUGCAUACAGUGCAUACAGUGAAAAAUGAAAAAAGAAAAAAGAAAAAAUCGAAAAGAUGCACCUACUAUCAUAAGUCAAAAGAAACUAACAAAACCAAAACAAACAGGAAAGACAAUGAGCAAUUAGUUUAUAUUAAAAGAAGAAAAUUAGAACACAUUUCAUCAUUUGGGAUUUUAUACACUGCAGCGGUGAGACAAGAGAGAACAACACAAAACAAAAGUCACGGAUUCUAGUUGUAGUCGAUCGAUUUCGUUUCGUUUUUCAUGUGUUAUUAAAAAUCACAAUUGAUUAGUCAUAGGGAUUUCGUUAGGGUUUUUGCUUGGUUCAAAUUUGUAGGAGAAAAAGCACAUGCAACGAACGUAAAAAGCGCACAACUAAGGAAGUUUGUGUGUGUGUACGUGUGUUUGGUGUGUGCGUGUGUGUGUGUAUACUGUGCGCGUACGAGUGUGUGUGCUCUUUUGUGUUUCGUAAAACAAAAAGUGAGGAAACAAUAAUAACUAACAAUCGGAAACGCUUGGAUUAUAACUAUGAAAGCCAUUUUAGUCCAUUACCACAAGAAGAAGAGGAAGUGUAGAGCGAUAAAAGUGGGAAAUAGGAAAUGAUACGCCAGACAUUAGGAAAGACAGAGAGAGACGGCGAGUAUUGCUAGUUAUCUAGUGUGGAAAAUGAGUACUGCGAGGAGAUUAAACCAAUUUUAUGUUCCUACUAAUGAGAAAUUUUGUAUAGGGCACCCUCUCCGCAGUCAGUUGUUCAUGACUGUAACAACAGGCACACCACACCACAAUCUGCCGAGAUCUCAAAAUCGGUCACGGACUCCGAAUGCUGACAAGAGAAACCACAUGUAAUUCCAUUCUAAGACCAUUCUUAAGCGAGGGGUAUGGGUGUGUGUGUGUGCGUGUUUGUUCAAAUCCAAAGUCUUAUGCGUUGUAUCUGGUGAAGGGAGACAACCAUCAUCAACAAGUCCCCGAAUAUAUCAGUUAUAAGUGAGCAAAGGUCAGUUAAAUGUGGUUAUUUAAGUUUUGUAUUUUGCUCAAAGCGUUCUUAUUUUGGCGUUUUGGUGAAUUUGGUGAAGCUCAGCCGUGUAUCACACUAUUGCUAGUAAACCGGCGUUUACCCGCGUGUUGCGUAAACGUUUGUAUUAGACUGAACUGGAAAACAGAACGAAGCUAUAAUUUCACCGUGGUUCAACCCCGCAGCACAAACGGCCUUUAAGCGAGAGACGUGUGUUCCCUGUUAUGUUAACAUCUGAUCAGGAUUAUUAUAAAUCAUUUAACCAUUACUCUUUCCAUCUGCAUUCCGCGAUGAAUAUAAUUAUGUUGUUCUAGUUUGUCCGUUUUUUUUCUUUCUUUCUCUGUGCUAAGCCAUAAUACGAUAAGGGAAGUGCGCGCCCGCGUGCGUGUGUGUGUGUGUGCGUGUGUUUGUUUGUGAUAUAAGUUAUACAGCAGCAAGCACGCAAAACCAAUCUCAACCAAAGUACGAAUGCCAAGACAGGGUGGUGGUGGAAAGGGUGAUGUUGUAGAGCGAGGAUUGUUAAACCAGGGAUAUGUCGGAGAAAAUCGGAACAGGAAUAUUUUCUCACGUGUGUGUCGCGCGUGUGAUUUCCAUCAUGCAAAAUCCGGUGCCUGUUCUUUCCGCACAGGAAACAAACAAAAAACCCCCCGGCAAAAGCAAUGUAUGAAGUGCCUAUAACAGGAAUAGCAUGUGUAUCAUCACUAUUAUGUGUAUUAAAUCGAACGUUUUAUGGUUUAGUUUUUGUGCAUUUGAGUUAAACCCGGUCGUGGUGAGUGAGGGUAGCUCUUUCGUUAAAGAGAAGGGAGAAUGAAACACAAUCAGUAACAAAAGCGGAAACAAUAUAUCGCCAUUUCGUUGUUAACGUUGUUUACUAAAGCAAUGAGUGCAAUUUUUGGCUAAACAAUUAUUAUAGUAACAUAAGAUAGCGAUCUUUGGAUAAGUAUUUUUUUUUCUUCUAUUUUGCUGCACGAAGGAAGCGCACCAGAGCAUCACACUCAUCAUUUCUGGGCAAGUUUAGUAUAUGAAUACAACACACACACACACACAUACACACCGGUAGGCAUAUUUUGUGUACGCAAACGCAAUACUCUUAUUCUAUUCACUCCAAAGCGGAGUCGCGUAAAUCAGGGUUUUAGGAUGACUAGGAAACACAGGAUGUGCUAGCAAAAUGACUCACACAUACACACACACAUACAUACAGAUACGAUUCUGUUCAACAAAAAGGAUAUGCGCAAUAGGAGGUGGUGGAUUCAUCCUCCCUUCUCCCUUACCGCACACAGUAGUAGUAUUGCGGGCGUAUGUUGUGUGCCAAAGGAAUAACACUACAACAGCGCUUGUCUUGUUUAGCUGCACUUUAUUUACUCUGUACACGUUAGGCUUUUUGGUUAGGAAGGAAGGACAAACGCUACUAUUAUUAGAUGCUAUUGUCAAACUCAUGUCUCAUGUCAUACACUCCGCCAGAUACACUCCGAAAUGCUAGUUUUCUGUAAGAACAAAAGUAACGCUAGACAAAAACAAAGGGAAAUACUUCAACACACACUCUGCAGCGUGGGGAAAUGGGGGAUAUGGGGGUACACUACCAGUGAGAGUAAAGCAAGCAAGGUCCCCGGAUUUCUAUUUCCGGGCCAGUGUGGAGUGAUUUGCCGAACCGAUCAAACGUCGCGCGCAUGUAGAAAUGAUUCAAGAUUGAGCACAAAGCAAAAGUUAAGUACCCUUCCCCGUCUCCCCUCACUCCUCCUCACCCGUAAUGGUUGGAUAAUUCCAUCCAAUUGAUAUCUAACUCCAGGCAAUAUACAGUAGACGUAUGUAAACAUGCACACACAACCCGUGCUCAAAAAUAUCGUGAAUGUCCCUCAUUUAGUGUGUUAGCAGGUAGUGCGCGUAGUUUGGCCGUUGAACCUAUUUACCGUAUUUAGCUGUGUAAGAAUGUGGGAGAAGAAGAAAGUAUACCUUUUAAGCCAUCUGCCACCAAUGAUGUAAGGGAUAGGGCCGAGUUUAUCAAGAAUACGAUGGUAGAAACAGAGCGUAAGCGAAGCAAACGAGUAGCUUUAUGUCGUCUAUCUGUUUAUGACUCACACCUAUCAAACAGCAACGCUAAUUGCAAACAACAAACCCUUUCUACUAAAAACCACAGUCGACUGGGAUGGAAGUCAAUAAAGCAACUCUCUCCCCAAAGUGCCCAGGUUAGGGAGCAAAGGCAGGGUUUGUCGCGGAAUAUGGAAACCUAUAUAAGAUGAUGAAUUUGUGAUAUUCUACUUUCCAUACCACACGACUCACAAACACACAAAUAAAACAGAGCAUAUGUUUGAUUUCUGAAUAAAACGUCCCGAAUAGAAGAAGCUGUCUGUAACUAAUACAUUUACCUCAAUAUAAUGGGUAAAGAUCAGUGGGGAAGUGUGAGAACCAUCGGUGAGCGGGAGGGUUGAAAAUCGAAUCAGAGUGCGUGUGUGUGUGUGCGUACCGUUAGUCUUAGCAGGUAAGGAACGUGGGCAAGGCAAAGGAAAGCUAUAGGGAAGUACAGACAAAGGACAAACAUAACUAUGGUGCUUUAAAUUUGUAAACCAAUUUAUGCUCAAUUGUAAACAGCCACACUAGAAUUUGUGCAGUGUGUGCAGUUUUGUGUUAUUUUAGAAAGCAAAGCGAACUGAUGAUGAUGGGGAAGAAGAGUCCAUCAAAAAAGUACUCGGAAGCCCAAUCCCAAAAUACAUUCACACACAAACACACACACGCAUGCUCCAUGUACUGUUGUUUCUUUCGUUUUUCUUUCCCGCUUUUCGAGGAUGCUGAUACACACUUAGCCUGUUUAGUAAGACCUAGUUUUUAGCCACCGAAAUGUGUGUUCCAUGUACGAGUGUGAUGGGAUAAGGCAGAAAUUUACGCACCUUUUUGUUUUCAUUUCAUUCCCCGGGUACUUCCUUCCAGUGAGUACUACUAUGGACGCCACCGCUGUCUUCCAAACAAAGUUUAAGUGUCUUUCCAAAGCUUCUGUUUUCUUGUGAAAUCUAAAGUAAAACAGUCAGUCAGAAAUCAAAUUUGCAAACUUUAAUCCAUGCUUACCCCCUACCAGUUGUGUGUGCCACACAUAGGGAAAAGGUGGUCUCUCGUUUUCAGCCUAGUGCCAAACUCCUUGCUGCUAGCAUGUGAUCCUAAACACGAAUCCUUCCGGUGACAAGACCGAUAGACAUAGUAGAUAUGGCGAUAUUGUUGUUACUCUUGGAUGGCGUUUUCUUUUCUUGGGGGGGUCAAACGACCAUUUCAAUGUGGCCCUUAUUUCAAACGAUUACCAAACUUCUAUUCUAAAAAACAAACUCACACAUCUCAGUAUAGCCCCAGUAUAAAAGCCUCGAACGCGGAUGUGAUGCGGGGACGUACUCGAUUAGUGCAAUACUUACGCUGGUGUGUUACAACACAGCAACUUUAACGACGAAUAUGACAAUGCAAUGGCAACUAGGAUAGACGGAAUGACAAGCAGUGUGUGUGUGUGUGUAGCACAUGUUUACCAUAAUAGUUGUUCUGCAGCCAGCAUGUUCGGUUUGCGCAGUAGGCUUGCUAGCUAUUAGUGUCCCUUUAGUAAGGUCUCGCUGUGGAAACUCCGCCGUAUGCAGACAGUUCACGCACACCCGCCAAACACACCGUGCCCACAUGCACACAUAUGAACGCACGCGAAUUCAAGCUUAAAGAAAUGCAAUGAAGAAAUCAACGAGCAAUGGGAGUAAAAUCUCCUUGACAAUGAUGAAAGUGUGAUAACAAGUGGUGACGACACAAAACUAAGCAGAAGCAAAGUGAAGCGAACGGAAAUAUAACUGGGCAAUAUUACGCGAAAAACAUUGGUAGGUUCCAAACCAAAUCAGUAAUAGUUUGCGGAUAAUAUGUUGUGGGCGGCGAGCGUAAGUGUGAACAGCAGCUAGAAACGAGCGAAACAUUCAAAUCGAGUUAAGCAAUGAGAGAAAAAAAAAACGACAGGAACCGACACUAGUGCAGGAAUCUUAACUUUAAGAACUAUGUUUUUGUUUUACUUUAACAGGCUAUACGUCAUAUAAUGUUUUAAUUUCCACGGUUGUGUUGUUAUCUGCAUAUAGAACUUGAAAUCUUUGAAAUUAGUUACAACGCAAUGCAAAGGUUAACACAACAUAGAAAACGUUCAACCAACCACCCCGCGAAGGCUGUUAAACUAACUACCUAUUUGCUCAGAUUUAAGUUGCUUUAAUUGUGUAAAGGAUUUUGUUUUAAACUAUUUGUUAACCCCUUAUCUUCCACGCAGCACUCUCUCUCUACACAACGACACAUGAACACGAAACCCGGCAAACCAGAUACUAGUGAAGCACAUUCCAAAAACAUCCAUUCGAGCUUUAUAACUUACGCGAGAAGUAGGCCGUGAGCGUGCUAGUUAUGUUUUGUAAUAUGAAAAUGAGAUGGAAAGGUUAAACUCGGAGGCUCUCAAAAACGUCCUGUAAAUCGUGCGAUCGUCCUGGUGGUGUGUGCGCGUAUUUGCUAACGCAUCCUUUUCGCAUCCACAGACUUGCUUGCUUGGAGGAAAGUGAUAAAAUGUGAAUCAAAACGAUAAAGUGUGAAAUGAAGUGCUCAUUGAAUUGACAGUCAGAAACACAAACCAAUUGGGAAACAAACACCCGAAUGUGUUACACCGUUAGAGAAGAAGUACAUUACAAAAAAACAACUAAGAAUAAACGGCAUGGGGAAAGAAGAAGAACAGUGUAAUCAAACAAUGAAGCUACAGCCAAUUAGACAAGGUAAAUGACGGUUAAUGUAGAACAAAACACGCGCGAUGAGAUAUCGUCCUCGUAUACACUCUCUGGCAAAUGCAAAUGCUCUAUUCCUUCGUCCUUAUCAUACAUAUGUUUCAAGCACAACACGAACGAGGGGAGGGUAUAAAACUGCAAUGCAAUUAUGUUUAUUGACAAGACGAUAUUUACUUGCUCUAGAUACUUUAUGAAUCUUUUAUGGGGGACGAUGCCCCAAGGAGGAUAGAAACUGCUGUGCGCGCGCCAUAAAACUACAAUCAUUAGCUGUAUAGUUUGUGAAUUUUGUUCGAUUUUGUAUCGCUUUUAUUUCAUGCUGUUAAACGCUUAUAUUAGAGCAUACCUUUCGGGGUGAUAGGUACGUGGGAUAAAAAGCUAUUGGCCACGCACACACACACACAAACAAACAAACACAUAGACACACCGUUUAUGCUGCUGCUGCAUUCAUAUACUGUUACUUUUGAAAUGGAAAACCUGACGUACUUGAAACGAUGUGCAACCCGCUAUAUCAUAGUUUUAAGCUUUAAUUUAUUUAGUUUUACGUGCGCUAAGUGAAGUACAACAACAAACGUCUACUCACAAUAACUACCACAAUUAUUAUCCCCUUCCCCUUUUUGUGGGUGGCCCCUGGUUGGAUUAUAAUUCUUGCUCGUAUUCAUAUUAUGCGUUCCUAAAACAACACAUUCUUAUGGCCGAAGCAGAACAGGAAUGCCGCAGGAGGAGUGUUUGUGUGCGUGCUGCGUGUGCAUAGUGAACAAACAAAAAGGCAACAAAAUAUACAAGCAAACAAGAGUGAAACAUCUUUAACUGUAAAACAAUGACAUCAAACCAAAACGACACGGCACCUUAUAGCAUUAUAAGCAAAACUAAAACUAAUGUACGGCAAUAAUUGGGAGCGUAACGUACAAUACAAUAACAUCAUACAACCGCAACACAUGGUCUGCAUAUCGGUUAAACCUUUUUUUAGAAACCAUUUAAGAGAAAUUAUAAUCUCCAGAAUCCGUUCUGCUGCUCCGUUGCUAGUAUAAACUUUCUAAAAAUCCCCCCGAGAGAAAAGAAAAACAUACAAAAAGCAACAAAAUCGUUUGCUGUCGAUUGUGUUCCAGUUUAGAGUAGUUAACAAAAGUUGUUUUGUGCUUUAAUUGUUUUGUAAUGUGCGCGUGGUAUGGUAUGGUAUACCAUUUGCCACAGUUUCCAUCAUAUUUUUCUUUCUAGCUCAGAUAACGUGUAUUUAUACAGAUAUAUACAACACCAUAUUCUGCUCAUAUUGUUUUUUCUUUUUAGACGGAAAAGAGGAAAGCAAUGUUAGACGUUAAAAAAAAAGAAAGACGGAAGAAUUUAUUUAUACACCAUAUCUUUGUAGAAAUAUUCCAACUUGCAGAAGAGCAGAAGAGAUCACGCAAAAGUAAACAAAAAUACAAACAAAAAAAAUGCCAAGAUCAAUCAAACCGUGAAAUACAUUAAGCAUCAGAGCAAAAAUGUGUCUUAUAGUAUGAACUCCAAUCCAAAAAUCAACAUAUUACCAUUCGUAUGCAGAGAAUGAAUGAGAGUUUUGAGUUGCACUUUUGCGCAUUGAUUUAUCAUUGAGGGACAUUUAGGAAUUUACAUUCUGUGCAGAGUGAAGCCUGCUAAUUUUAAUGUAGGAGAUGUGUUGUGUUGGUGGCAUGAUGGGUGGUACGGGAAAUAUAAUCCAAAGCAGUUUUAUCAGGAACACGUCAAUGCCAUCCGAAGGGAGCGCGCUUUAUCGAUUUAAAGAUCAGACGAUCAGAUCUCACUUCUCUGUCGAUAGUCGAGCAUCUCGCAACAACGAAGGAUUAGAACAAGACGGCUCGUGUCCUGACAUGCAAUUUUGGGACUGAUUGUUAGGACCCUUUCUAAAACAGAAAGAGUGAUACGCAUCUUCUUGUGCGAUCAUAACGAUCACACACGAACACGCGCUCGGCAGUGCUGCCAUGUGCAUUAUGUGCGCAUAAACGCGCAAUCUGCUGUGUUGGAAGAAAGAAUCGUAGACUAUUUUCACUCUAUCUCUCCUUCACUUCCUAUUUUGUGUAUGAGGCCAUCGUAUACAGAUUUUUUUGUGAGCGAUCAACCUCCCAGCUAUUUUGUUAAUUCUUCGCUUUCGUGCAAGUCAAUGAAAAAAGGUGCCAUUAUGUUUACCAUACGCAAACACACACUGUUGUGUUGUGUGUAUUAUGUUUCGACAUUAGUGCAUUACAUCUUUUCUAUUAGUUUGAACAUUUGGGAUAAAGAACGAUAGGGAAAACAGAGAGAGAGAGAGAGCUAUUGAAGCGAGAUAAACCAAACCCUUUCAUAAAACUGAAAGGGUUGUUAGUUAAGGGUGGACAAAGGUGUAGUAGUCGAUCGGCACUUAGUGAAUCGGGUAAACGGAACAUCAGUGCUGUGUGCGUCGUGUGUGUGCGAAAGCGUGUGAUUCGCUCAAACUGCCUAGCUUUUGAUAGGAAUGAUCAAAAGGGCAAUAUUUUCUGUUAAUUUCUUAGCAAAUGUAGGGGAAAGAGGAGGAACUCUGGGGGGAAAAGCCCGAACCGAAGUGAACACACCGCAACCAUCUGAUACUCACAUUUUCUAAACACACCCAACUCCUGCUACUACGUCUACUAUAUAACUAUAACAGAACAAUGCAGCAACCAAAACCAGAUUGAACAAUACAAUAAUGAUAAUGAUAACGAAACAGUGAUUAAUAAACGCUAAUCGAUCUAAGCAAUGAAACUUAAAAACUGAGUAAAGGAUAUAGAUAAAAAAAACACACACACACACCCACACAAACGUGAAAAUACUGGUGAAAAUCAUUAGCUGUGUAGAGGUGUAGGAAAGGAUUAUAGCAAAAGCUGAAUGUAUGUGGUGUGGUGUAGAGAUAAAUCUAAAACAAAACAAAACUUUACGUGUAUUUCAAACGGAAGAGGUAGCUAACUGCAAAACAAAAGCCUGUUUCCGGCGUUUCGUUAGUUUGGUUGUUUGUUUUUUACUUUCCUCCAUAGCUUGAUAACAAGCAAACAAACAAGGUAGUGAGAGAAAUAACAAGCAAAUAAAUCAACACACAGAACAAAAGCAACAAACAAAUAAAUGUAAAAAAAAUAGAAAACCAAACAAAACUCAUUUGAAAAAAAAUAACAAACCCCAAAGCGAUAAAUAUGAAACACAACACAACACUGUAUUAUCAAAGCAAAACCUUACACACGAGACAAAACAAACAUACAACUAAUGGUGCAUAUUUAGCUGAGGAAUCAUGUUUUUACAAUAAUAUACAACAGACAGAAAGAGCGAAGGAAGCAAUUCUGCCGAAAGCGGAUCAAUGAGAGAGAGAGAGAGAGAGGGAACGAAUGUGUGGCCCGAAAAACGUGGGUAGUUAGUGCGUAAAUUGGAAGUGCAGCGUGCACAUACUAAAGUAAGACAGAAGCAGAAAAAAUCUGGAUUAGGAAAGACAUGUGCGCAUGGAUGCGUUUGUGGAGAAUGAAUGGAAACUAUGAAAUAGAGGGGGAAUAAAAAGAUCGGAAGAAAUUCAGCAGCAAGAAAACAAAACAAAAAAGAGAGAAAAAAGAAAGAAAGAUAAAAACACGAACUUCAAAUGCGCAUACAAAUUUCACAUUGAAGAGACUGAAAUGCCAAAUUAAUCAUACCUUAUAGAGAACAAACAAACCAACAUUGUGUAGUGAAAAGAUAAAAACUAAAACAAAUGGAAGAAGGAAACAAACGACAAAUGAAUUAAACGCUAAACAACAAUUAAGCACGCACACGUACACGAAAAACACUCACACAUACAUGCAUUCAACACUCACAAUAGGAGAACAAGGGAGAGCAGAGGGAAUUAUACGUGCUUAUGACGUUAUAUUGAGUCAAUCGAGACAUCAUCAAAUCAGCAAAAAAAACCCCAGAGCAAACCAAACCGGGCGUGGAAUGAAUUGGAAAUGAGUGGAUCAAGGGGCGCAAACAUGUGAGCGAUUUAGUGCAACACUAAAAAAAACAAGCAACACACAUUACAGAGCAAUGCAAGUGGAAUAUAAAAAAACUAAAGUUUUCGUAUAUUUAUGAUGGUGCAUACCGCUGUACGCUGGAGAUUGGAAUGCUGGAGAAAGCUGAAAAAGUGUAUGAUAUAGAAAAGAAAACAUCAACCGAAUCCAACACGUGGGCCAGCGCCCAACGUCGUGAGGGGAAAUAAAACGAUAAGCUGAGAUGGAAAUGCAAACAAACAAAAGAAAAAAAACACACAAAAACAAAAAAAAACAGUAAUAAUGAUUAUUGAUAGCAAAAGUAAGACUUUUUCUGCAUACCCGACUCUAAUAGAGGAAGAGUUACAUUUAUAAGGUUCUUAAUGUUCAAUAAACGGUCAAAAUAGUGCA